UUCUGGGGUUCAUACGGGUGUUUGGGGUACGUGUGGGGUGCCAUUGGGUGCACGUUUGGUGUUUGGGGUGGACAUGAGGUGCCUUGUGGGUACUACAGGGGCACCUUUGGGGUACCUGUAGGGUGUAUGUGGGGUGUGGGGAGUGCUCAGGGGUGUAUAUGGGGCACCCGUGAGAUGCUGGGGUGCUCAUGGGGGGCUUGGUGGGCACCUUUGGGGUGCCUGGGGUGUCUGUAGGGUGCUGAGGGUACAUUGAGAGUGCCCCAGGGCAUGCGUGGGGUGUCUGUAGGGUGCUGUGGGGUGUUUGUGGGGUGCUGGAGGUGCCCCCCUGACCCCUGCCCCGUGCUGCAGGCGGGGGUCCCGGGGGGGGUCCCGGAGGAUGUCGCGACAGAUGCCAGCACGGGCGACGGGCGCGUGCGGGCGCUGCAGCGGGAGGUGCAGGGGGUCACCACCAUCAUGACACAGAACGUGGAGCGGAUCCUGGCGCGGGGGGAGAACCUGGAGCAGCUGCACAGCAAGAGCCAGGACCUAGAGGCCACGUCAGAGCACUUCCGCACGACGUCCCAGAAGAUGGCCCGGCGCUACUGGUGGAAGAACGUGAAGCUGCUCAUCAUCCUCGGCCUCGUGGGCGUCAUUGUCCUCAUCCUCAUCAUCCUCCUGGCCACUGGCACCAUCCCCACCUAGAGCCACUGUCCCCAUGGGGACACGGCCACCCCAGGGCCCAAAUACAGGGGAAGAACCAGCGA